AUGUCUCAACUCAACACCGAUUCCGACACCAACAUCCAGAUGAAACAGCAUGAAGAAAAUAUUGAGCUCCUUAAUUCCCUAUUGAUUCACUCGACUGAAUCUGAACUUGACGUACAAGUGAGUCUUGGAAGGUAUAAUAUGGUUACAUCACAAAAUGAGAAUGGUGCAUUUCGUACCGAAGACAAAACUAUGGAACAGAUAUUAAAGAAAGAGAACUCUGCAGCUCUUGGUGUUGUGGCCACCCUUGCAAAGGUUGAGAAUGAUAAUCUUAGCAGAAUUCUUUCUGAGUAUGUGGGUUUGGAGAUGAUGCUUGCAAUUGUCUGUAGUACUAAUGAAGGAGUUAAAGCAAUAGAGAAGUAUGACCCAGAAGGGACAAUAAACUGUAAUCGUGGUUUGCAUGGAAUUGGAUCUUCAACUGGCAAAACAAUAAAUGGCCGAUUUGCUGUCAUAUGUCUUGAAUAUUUAAGACCAUUUGUUGGAGGUUUUAUUGACGAAGAUCCACAAAAGAAGUUGGCUAUUCCAAAGCCGAAAUUGCCAAAUGGGGAAUGCCCUCCUGGGUUUCUUGAUUUUGCAGUGAACAUGGUCCAUUUGGAUUUAAAUAGAUUGUCUUUUCUUACUGCAAGUGGGCACGGUCUUAGAGAGACGUUGUUUUAUAGGCUCUUUUCCCGCCUACAAAUAUAUGAAACCCGGAAAGAAAUGUUGCUUGCUCUUCCAUGCAUUAGUGAUGGAGCAUUGUCAUUAGAUGGUGGAAUGAUUAAGAAAUGUGGUAUUUUUGCUUGUGGUAGCAGAAAUGAUGUCGAAGUAAAGUUUCCUCUAAUAAACCGAGAAUCUGAUGUAUCUCCAAACUAUAUUGAAGCUGAAGAUAUGGUGAGCAAGCUGAAGAUAUGGUGA